AUGGCACGAAAACUCCGAUACAAGCAAUCUUUACCAUUUAUUCUUCAAGAUAGAAAGGUAGAAGACAAUCCUUCGGAGCUUGACAACAGCGUACGUAAUUACUUAAAUCAUUUAAGUAAUUUCGACUCUACCCUCUUGAAAAGCAAAUAUGAUGGAAUAGCAUACGAUUCAGUCGUUUUCGAUAUCCUCAUGGAAUCGCCCGAAAGACUUGCGGCACAAAUAACUUUACUCGAUAUUGGGACAUUUAAACUAAUUCUGCCAGAAGAAUUGCUAGGUUGUGCAUGGACGAAAAGAGAUAAGAAACUAUAUGCUCCUCACGUUACUGCCAUGGCGCAACGAUUUAAUUCGACAUGCUUUUGGGUUCAAAACGAAAUUCUUAGCAAGAAGAAAGCCAGGAUUCGAGCUGAAGUUAUCUGCUGGUUUACCAAACUUGCUAAGAAACUCUUUGAAUUAAAUAAUUUGCACGCAUUAAAAGCAGUAGUUUCCGGAUUGCAAAGCGCUCCUAUCUAUCGACUGCAUAGGACAUGGACGUUUAUAACAAGGAAAGAUAGAAGUGCUCUAGACAAACUGCUGGAAUUAUUAGCUGAACAUCGGAAUAAUGAAAAAUUGCGAGAAUACAUGAAAAAUCUUCGAAACCCGGCGAUUCCGUAUCUUGGGUUGUAUUUAACUGAUCUGAUGUUUAUUUACGCUGCAUACAACAAACCUGCUAACGAGCUGGGAGAAUCGGACAAGAUAUCCACGAAGAUAAAUAAUAUCAUUAGGAUCAUCGCUUCAUACCAAGAUUCUAAUUAUGAUACCAUAGAAACCGUACCAUACAUACAAGAAUACUUGAAGUCGUUUAAAUACAUAGAAGAACUUCAGAACUUCUUGGAAGCGGAAUACUACAGGAAAUCUUUAGAUCUUGAACCCGAACAGAUCGAAUCAGUCUCUGGCAUCAAUUGUGAAGCAUCCCACCCUGGUCUCCAAGAAAAUAAAUUAGACUCAGAAGAGAUGCGUGAAAAGGAUACGACAAUAACUGCAAAUCUCAAACAUCCGCUUGACGAUAGUAUCCUUGCGGAUCAUAAACCCAUAAUCGAUAGCGACAAGAGUAUUAACUCUAUACUGGCUGAUAAAUUGUCCUAUACUAGUCUCCAUUCGGCUUGUGAUGCGCAAAUUGUUUCUCCUUGGAUGAAUUUUUCAAUGCAAGGCUGUUUACGGAAAAUGACGUAUCUUAAGCGUGGACAAAAGCUGCGAGUUACCCGCUGGAAAACUUAUUGGGUUGCUCUUCUGUGGACAAAACUUUAUUUUUAUGAACGCAAAUUUAAUCGUUCAGGCAAUGAGCGAUCAGCUUUUAAAAGUGAGUUUUGCAAGUGUUAUGACAUAUCUGGGUGGCUAAUGGUACUAGGCGAUUAUCAUAGUCCACACAUGAUAUAUUUAUGUAAUAUUGAAGAAGGUAAUAAAUAUAAGUUAGAUGCGAAAACGGCUGAAAAUUCUUCUAUAUGGCUUAGAUUUUUGCUUGACGCUUCUACUAAGCAAAAUUUUAAGAACGUGCAGGUACAGCUAAACGAUUAA